CCAAUUUUGUUCUUGUUUUUUUCUCUCUGUUGCACCGAGCUCGGCGCGUAUGCUGCUGGCUCCCAAAUGUGCGGGCAGCGGGUGUCGACUGAUCUCCUUCGGCGAGAUAUCCGAGAGUAAUCGCGCUCUAAUCUUUCUCUCCCUCCCCUUCUCUCUCAGUUCUUUUUGCUGCCAGCCGUGUUUGUCUCGGGCGGCGCUUAUCAACUUUCUCCCGGGCUCCGUGCUCGCAUAGCGCGCUCGCAAGCUGCGCGAUUGUUUCUCGCUCUGUCGCCGGUCGUUCGGCGUCUGGAUGUCCGAAAGCCACGCUGCAACAAUGCCCUUUUGAAAGCUGUUUUCUGUGCUCGCGCCUCAUGGUCUUGUCGUUGCAGCGGCAAUAUGUGACCCUUGUUGCGCGUUGAUCGGUUCCUGACCGGCGCCUGCGAUGUUUGCCGUGUCCAAAUCGCAGGGAUCUCCACCGACGCUGGAGGCGGACUGCGUUUACGUGCAGAUGAAGAAGCAGUACCGCGUGUCGAGGUACAUCAGGGCGCAGUGGUUUGUCAACCAGAUCGGCAAAGUCAUCCAACUCAAGCAUCCCUGCGAGAACGACAUCGCAGAGGAGGUUGAGGUUCUGUCAGCUCUUCCGAGAGACAAGCCAACUGGAUGGCGACCAAACAGAGCACAUGAGUUUGCGUAUUUGGUGACACCGGCUACCAAGGUCACUUUUCUUGCCAAAAAGUACCGCUUUGUCUUCUGCCUCGACCUCAGUGUCUCCAUCGCAAAUGUGGACAUCCGGAGUGAAACAUUCCUGUUUGAUGAGGUGUUUGCAACGCUUUCGAAAUGUGUCGAGAAACUUGUAAAGCCUUUCAAUGUUCCGGGGAGCUGCGUGGUGUUCCAGCCCGAGAUCUACGUCACCGUCAUUGCAUACAUCCCACACUAUACCCCGUCGGUGCAGCAGGUCCUAAUUCAAGGAUGGCCGUUGACGCCAGACAACUGUGCCUUGUUCCUGAGCAAGGUGUCGACUGGACUGAGCGAGAUCUGCAUUGUCCUGGCUGAAGCGACGGCGGGCGUUGCUGAACUCCACGAUCAACUCCGGCUCCAGUCCGAGAAGUUGACGGGAGGCCUGUUCGAGGAAAGUGAUGAGCAGGCAUGCACCACACCCCUCGUCAACAUGGUGUCCUCGGACAUGAGCACAUUGAGCAUGCUCCGGUACGGCAUGCUGGCUCUUCAGCUGCUGCCAGAAAACAGCAGUGCAGGCAUUGUGGUGAUCACUGACGGUGUGAUCAGCGUGCCCAAUAGCCAGCAGCUGGAGCUCCUGCUCGGCAGCCUGCGGGGCGGCACUGUGGCCUGCUCCUUCCUGCACCUCGGCGGCGGCUACCACGCCCAGAGCAGUCUCGGAUAUGUGCCGUACGACGACCUGAUGCGCUUUAUUGCGCGCGCCACUUUCGGUGCCUACCUCAACAGCGGCUCCCUGGUUGGACCGGACGAAAUUGAAGGGUCAACAGGCACAGAGAACAUAUUCCACAGGGCACUGCUCUUCUGGAGUUUUCAGGAGGAAUUCAUCAAUCAGCGACUUGAGCUGGCCAAAGACGCCGGAAUGCAGUACAAGCUGCUGGCUUGCAAGGGCAACACAGCAUUUGAGCCGAACCAAGGUUGUAUGCCGCAGCUACGCAAGAAGAGCUCUGAUGGCAGCCUCAACACGUCGUUGUCGAGUGUCCUCUCCUGCAAGCUUCGUGAAGGCUACGCCCUGCGGAGCAUCUCUACAGCUAAAGGAGAACUGGAAAUCAAGCUGGUGCUUCCAUGGAAAUUCGAUGUCAACAUCGAGUAUGUUGUCAUGGUUCCGUGGCAGUCCUCAAGCAAGAAUCGGGAUUCGUCGGGGAGCGGCUCGCAGCCUAAGCAGCGGGCGGGCUGCAAGUUUGAGGUGUGCGUGGAGGCCAGCUAUGACUUCCUGCAUGACGUCACAUGCGAGUACUUCAAGCCCAACAAGACCCGCAGCCCCUUCCGCCUCAUGGUGGCCCAGCAGUACUGGAAUGCACUCAAGAACAUCUCGAGUACAGACCAGCUCCUGGUACACCUGCACUCUUUCAACCAGAAUCCAGUGAACUAUUCGGUGCCCGAAAGUUUCCGCAAUGGUGUCCCUGUCUUUGUGAUGCCUCCUAACUCUUCAGGCCAUCCGGUCCUCUCCUCCAACGUGAAGAACAACAGCGCGUACGCACCUUUUGUGCACUUCUGGAAGCCAGUGUGCAUGUUGGACAUCAGCAUCUGGCAGCGCUGGAUGCACAUGCACCGUGUGGGCAUGCUCCUGGAGCAUGACCUGCCACUGCCCAAGCACCUGCAGCAGCCCAACAGCAGUGGCCGCUACGACUCUGUACAAUGCCGCCAGGCCCUGCACCGCCUGUUGGCCCUGCUCCGGGAUCGUUCCAGCUUCGUGCUGGCCGACGGCCAUUCUUAUGUCACCUUCCUUGGGGAAAGUGACAAGCCGCCGGUGUCGUUCUACGUGACUCGGGUGACCUACAAGGCGCCCUGUGUGGUGAUCCGAUUUGCCUUCCUGGGUGGCACACCGGGUGAACAGCGCAAUGUUAUUGUGAAGGACCUGACUCAGCAGAUCCUGAGUCUGGAGCUGAGCAAGCGUGUUGCCAAGGAUGCUCACUCGGAUGGCGGCCUCUGCAUCCGGCCUCCUGUGCCACGAACCUAUCGUAAGGCCAGCUGCUGCAUCCUCUUCCGCAAGCCCCUCGAAAGGAUUCUCAUCAGGCAUGAGAAGAUUCCGAAGGACAUUCUCAGCCCCGUUGUGGCGCUCAUGGACGUGACACUGGCGCAUCCUCUCCUGCACACCACUCCGCAUCUGCACCGGCACUCUAGCAGCAGCGGCAGCGGCUCGGCCGCGCGCAAGGGAAACGGCAUCACUACUGUCGUGGACCCGACAGGCCAGCUGAGCCGGUAUCUGCACCAUCGGCGGUGGAUCUGGACUGUGCAGCGGCUCCCCAGCGUGCCCCUUCCCCUGCACGCCAUCACCCGUAUCCUCAAGACGCUGGCCAAGAUGCGUCUUGAAGAAGGCUUUCAUUUUGCCCACUCAAGCUCGGGCAUCUUGAACAUGGCCUUGGAGAUUGAAAUGAAGAAUACGGUGACAGGGGACUCCUCAGAAGCCUCUUUGCUUCCAUGUGUGGUGCAGUACAUGCUGUUUCCUCCUCACUCGAACACCACUAUCCGGGAGAGCCUCUCGGAUGACGAGGACAAUGAGAUGGAGACGGCGGAGGCAGACGGUGAGCUGCAAUUGGUCAGUGAGUGCUGGGUGGAGCCACAGUGUGGCGUCGUCGUAAACUGCCCCGUCUCCAGCUCCUACCUGGAUGGCAAGCAGUACACCGAGAUCCCAAAAGCUCUCUUCGAAAUGGAUUUCGAGUGCCUCUCGUCGCUCAUCACGCUGGAGCAUCUGAACCUGAGCUGCCUCAAGCCAGAGCUGGCAUGUCCAGGGAGCGCACAUGCGCAGCGCGCACCGCCACCGACACCACCGGUCACGCCUACCCUGGCUGGAGUCCAGCCAUCUUUCGUGUCCCGGUCCACACCUGACAUCACACUGUCACAGAACAUGCCCUUGCUCCCACCGGUGGCCCCAGAGCCAGCUGUGAGUGUGGUGCCAUUCCCAUUCAGCAUCAUGAAGUUGCUGUCCAAAUGCCAGCAGACCGAGAUCCUCUUCUCCACCUUCAUCCAAGAGCUGAGGCCCCUUGGAGGGGACGGUGGGAAGAACCACCCGGUGGACUGCGAGGGUCGUCCGCGUCCUCAGCCCAAUGACCUUCUCUACGAGCAGCUGCUGGACAACCUGCAUGCAAUACAUGACCGCGAAGUGCCUCUUGGGCUUGAGGAACAGGCUCUGCUGCCGAACGAGAUUCACAACCGCCCACGCGACCAACAUGCCUACCCUGUGCCAUUUGCUGUGCCCCCUGUGCAGGCAACGCCUGUCGCCUGGCGUUGCUUCGUGGCCAGCUUUUCGAGUGCCAACAGCACUGCCGGAAGCAGCCCUACUACUCCCAUUUCGCACGUGGUUCUCACCUUUAUUCCUGCGACGUUUGAAAACCUCCAGCGCCUUAUGAUGUGCCCAGACGACGAAGUCGCUUCGCUGGGGGCUGAGGUUCAUCACAGUCAUGGCGGUCGCUGUACCAGCGGUGUACCCAAGGACUAUGCUGUGUUGCAGACCGAGUCAUCGUCCGAGCCAGUUGCUACCAGCAGUGCUGACCGCGAGGCUCUCACGUCAUCUGCUGCAGAGGAUCCUGCUGCCGGCGAAGUGUGUGAUUUGUACAAUGCAGCGGAAUCUCAAAAUUUUCGGCAGCUGACAACUUCGCACUCCGACCCAGCACUGUCUUCGCAUGGAGCCGAGAAGCAUGAGUUGCUGCCACGGCAACGAUCGGCUGACUUGCCAGACUUAGGCAGCCAAAGUCAGUGCAGGACUUCAACGCCGUGCCCGCCUGUUGCGAGGGACGACGAUGGCAGCACAUCUCCCAAAUCGCAGGAAGCCAAAGGGGCUGCUCGGCGCCUGGUGUCUGUGAGUCUUCCGGUGUACGUCUACGAUGCGCCAGUGUCAGCUGUGAUUGGCCGACUGGUUUACCAGGGUGGCGUGAGGCAGUGGAAGGACACGUACCUUGACCUGACAACCCGGUCAGAAGAGAACAUGCGGGCUGGAUCAGAACCCAGUUGGGUGGAAUGCAAGGCAGAUGGCUCGGAAGGCUCACCUUACAAGACUAUGUCACCAGAGCCCAAGUCGGAUGACUCUGAGCUUGGCAGUGACCGCUUUCCAGCGAGGAAGCACUGUUCGCGCCUGCGCAAGGCUUUCUCCAAAAGCUUUGUUUAUGGCGUGUUCAGAGCCCUUUGUGAGGGACUCCCCGUGGACAUGCAAGAUGUCUCAACCGUUGUGGAGGAUGCUUGCGAGGAGACAGCGCUCACUCUCGACAUCACGGAAUUCAUCCAAGCAAUCUGCGGCCACACUCGCGACUUCCGCAUCAAGUCCACUGUGGAGCACUCCCACCGCACGAGCACUGGGGCUUUUCGACAGGACGGCACUAGCAGCAAUGAGGCCAGUUGUGAAGGUGCUUUGGUUAUGCCCGUUGAAGAAGCAGAUGCCACCGCCAGUGCAGAUGAAAGUUGUCGCCCUUCGGGUGAUGGGGUGAGCAGCCUGUUCCCGGUGAACCUGCUCAAACGCCAUCACCCGUGCGACGUUGUACAGCAGCUCCACCUGAGCAUUAAGCAGCGCUUCCAGGAGCUGCUUGAGGAGGUGUUCCAGCGCAUUCCUUCGCACCCAGAUUACUACUACUUCUGCCCGCCAUGCCAUGCACGAACCAUGUGGGGGCUGACCGAAGGGGCCAGCGGUGGUGUUCCCCGCAAUGCCGACGCAAACGCUGAGGAAGAGGGAGCGCUGUGCGACUGGGAUGACACUGACACGGACCGGUCUCACAAUGUCGAGUUCUCCAUGGACGCUGAGCCUGCCCCUGACACUGGCCAAUCAGGUGAUGAGAAGGGAGCAGCUGCAGCACUUUCUAAGGUGGGGAACGCUGCUGCAACUGAGAUCACGAGCAUCGAGUCGUGUGCCGGGUCGGCACGAUCACCCCCUUCGCCGGGCGAGGAUGAUUCUGGUGACGAGGACGAAGAAGACGAGGAGGAAGUGAUGGAGACCAUUCGAGAGGCAGAGCCCAUGGUUCCACCCCUGUUCGCCCACCUGACGUGCUUGGUGACAACCAAAUCGGGCUGUGGGUCAUGCUCGCUGACCUCGCUGCCGACCUGCCUUGGGGAAGUGAUCAGCUGUCUUGACGAGUCCCAGCCCGAGGUGGACCUUGAAAGCAUCAAAAUCCGACUUGACUUUCUCUGCCUGACAUUGCCCCCGGACGUUGAGAAGCUAUCACCUGGUGAUGCACGCCUGUCAUCAUCAUCCAUCAUGUUUGAUUCAGAACGACAGCGCCAAGAUGACGAUGCUGAAAGCAUCGCCUCCAUUGGCUAUCAGCUGGAGGCUGCGAGGGACCCACUUCACCACUUGCCCGAAUUCCAAAACGAAGUCAUCAGCAGGUGCAUUGAAAAGCUGAAGUGGAUGCUGAAGGACGAGAUGGCCUCGGCUGCCCUCAACAGCUUCCCGCUGACAGCGGAGGCGUUGCACAUGGUCGCAGAACACGUUCGCAGCACUGCGGAGGCGCGCACCACCACACGUUUGCAUGCCACUACCGGCGCGCCUGGGUGCCAGGUGCAGAAGGUGCCACUGCAAUUUGUCUUUGGGCCUGAGCAGAGUUUUGGAAAGUUUCUGCAGGAGUUCAAGCACCUGACACUGCCAGGCUACCAGCUGGAGCAGGUGGACAAGGAUCACUACUGCGUUGUCCUUGACGACAAGGAUUCCAAGGUGGUGCGGAGGCCCUUUGGGUCGCUCGUGCCUCCCCUUGGGUUAUCAGAUGAAGAUGAGUCCGGGGACGGGGGAGCGCCACAUACGUCGUUCCGAGCCUGGCGACGGCAAACUGGGAAAAGCGCACGGACAAAGAGCGCCGAGCGUCGCCUGGAACGAGCAUCAUCACUACCGCUGGACUCUUUGGUGAUACAAGAGGACCCAAAGCCAGAAGGUCGGACUCCAGGGGCGUCGUGUCCGCUGGAGUUACUCGACCUGCGACGGAAGCUUCAGGAGGAAGCUGAGACUCUCGAAGCAGACAGCGGUACGGCUGAUCACGCUGCCAAUUUGUCAUCAGAGACCAUUGUCCAGGAGCAAAAGGCGGCAGAGAGCCAGGAAACAGCUGAAGCUCCUGCAGAGCUCGUGGACGAGAGUGGCUCCUCAGAACAGCAAGACGGUGGGUUCCGUGAUCGCACUGACAGCCUGGCAUCAUCCCUGGGCCAUGGCAUGGCGUUCCGACCACCACAACACCUGCUGGAGUCAACACGCUCCACGCCCAACCCACUUAGCGAGGUUGGCGGGCAGAUCAGCAACACCGAGGAUGGCUAUGACGGUGACAGCAGUGAAUCGGACAGUGACCGUGACUGGAUGAAUGCACUGGAGACCCAGCGUUCCCACCUGCCUCCCUUCUGGCUGAUCCUCUGCCCAUUUCUCGACCAUGUGGACAUCUUUUUCCACGUUCGAGAGCAGCCAGGUGAGAGUACAGAACUCAGACAAGGCUUGGUUGUGUUUGAAAGCAUUGUGGGGCUGAUCCAGGACACCUGCAAGAUUGUCAAUCAGAUCCUGCUGCUUCAACAUCUCAACAACACACGCAUGUGCAAUCGGCUGCUUGUGCCUGAAGCAUCUGAGGAUAUCUGGAACCGAGAGUCUGAGAUUGAGCCCAACAACAGCACGGCAUCAGUGUAUGAUAAUGAUGGUUCUGGAGAGGGCCACGGCGAUUACCUGGAGGCAACGCUCAAGUUCAAGCCGGGGGCCUUUGACUGCAGCAUAGUGUGGUCCACCCACUUCAGUCUCCACCCUCGGCUCAACACGGGAACCGGAACCGGACGCAGUGGCAUUUCUCGAGGUUUGCAAGCCCUGAGAGCUGUGCUGACUCAGUUUUCGGUGAAUAACCGCAAGAACAUGUUUGUCUACCAGGAGAUCUCGGGUUCCGUUUUCUACUUGCGGCUUCACGAAGUGCCCUGUCAUGGACGACAUGGCCGUGCCGAAGAUGAUGUGUCAUUUUCAGGUUCAAGGAGCUCCUCUCUGGUCAGCUUGGUGCAGAAGAAAGCAGCCUGUGAUCAGGACGAGGAAUUUGACUUCCGACCCCGGUUGAGCUCCGGUCACUCGGACCGGGACCAGUCUCACGAUACAGUCAGCGUGACGUCGCUUGCCUCGGGCAGCCGCAGCAAACCACAGCAGUGUGUCGUCAUGAAUGUGCACGGAAUCGUCCAACCAGGUUUUGCCAUCAAAGAGGAGCUAGUCUCAGCCAUGCAGAAUCGUCUGGAUGAUGCAGUCUUGGAAGUCCUCACAACCACCUUGGCACGAAACCCUGCGUGCAAUCUCACCAUUGACGAUGUCCAGUUCAUCCAGAAGCCCCAGAAGGAGCCGACAACACAGCUGUACUGCACAGUUCAGGCCCAGCUGCUGCCCUACCUACAGGCACUGAUGGAAUAUUUGCGCCAGGACUUGCACACUUUCUUGCCAACACCCAAAUACACCGACCCAAAACCGGAGAACCAUUUCAAGCCAUAUGUGGAGCACCCUGCGCAUGCGUUGUGCCACAAGGACGAAGAUGUCUUCCUCUUCAACCGAUUCAUGACCAGGGGCACUCCCAGCAACGGAAUUGCCUGCAUCAUACUGUCUGUGGUAGACGCCCAGGGACGGCCAGUGCAGUUCUUGAACAGCCCACUGCUCAAAGCGGGCGCCUUCAGUGGCACCGAACCACCUACUGAAUACCAGGAGGUGUCGUUCCUCUCUCGUGAGGAAGUCAGUGAUGCCAGUGCCGAUGGAACGCCUGGGCCCAUGGCGAUGAUCCGCUUCCAAGUGUGGUGUGUGGGCAAGGACUACCAGGAGCAUCUGGUGCAGCGUCUGCAGAGCACGGUGCAGCAUGCCUACUGGGAUGUCCUGAUGGAGUACCGGCUUCUCACCUGUCCCGUCUUCCAUGAGGCCUACGAGGAGGGAGAGCCCGCCUGCUUCAGCGAGCCUCCAACGCCCGUGAAAGUGCGCAGAACAGGUCGUGUCCUUGCUGAACAAGCACGGGACAAGCCUUUCCUGUUCGGCAUGUUCGCAUCCCGGGGCAAGGAGAUGUCUUCUUCCGUGCCCGAUGUCUCUGAAAAAGUCAAAUCGCCCAAGGAAAACCCAACUGAGUUCAAUUUCUCCGAUUCACUGUUUGCCGAUGUUGCACCGUCUCUGCCGCCUGGUAGCGCCAAGGGCCCCAUGCGUUCCAUGGAAGCGGAGUUUCUUGCAUCCGACAACUGGGCCUCGAGCAGCAGCAAGAAGCUCAACGCCAUGUUUCAGCACGGUGUCCACGGGUUUCUUGAAGGCGGUGUUCAAAUCCGCGUCCCCAGCUUGGUGGUGCAUCGCUGCACCGUCAAGGCUCGACGGGCAGUCCCGCUGAUCCUGAAGGAGUUCCAGAAUGGCCUCAAGAACCUGGCGCCUGAAAUAUCGCUCACCAUGUUCACAGAGGAAGGCACGAGGCGCCCAAGCCGGCCCACAGAAUUCAUCCACAUCAACCCGCUCGUUAAGCAUGCCAUGUUUCCGGAGAAGUACGCUGAAACAGCUGUUCCUGGCAGCCAGCGGUGCUUCAUUGUCGUUGGUCGAGACAUGGCCCAGUGGAAGGCAUUCAUGGGGAUCUCAAGCUUGUCCACCUACCUUGAGAACAACCGGACGACCAAAGGCCACAAGUCCACUCAGCUUUUCGAGCCGCACAUGCUGCCAGUGACAGCAUCUCUUGACACACCUGCCCUCUGCCGAACGCCGAGCACGCCAUCAUCAGUGCCACCAACCAUCGUCGCACCGCCAGAGAAGGCCAAAAACGCCGUCACUGCUGGGGCCGAUGCUGGGGAAACUCGGCAGCCAGCGUUGAUACCCAGGCAGCGGCUACUCUUCUUGCGAGUUGAGGACAAAUCUUUGACCCUUUACCUGUACAACUGGACCUCCGACCAGGGCCAGGAGCUCUUCAAACUGCUGGGCCACUUGGUCGAGUGGCAGGACCUGCGUAACGACUUCUUGCGCAGCAUCGCUGUACAGAAGAUGGGGCUGUUCUUCCAUCAACCAUCGGCAAGCACCGCCUCUCCAUGCCUGCGACAGCAGCCGCAGCAGCAGCAGCAGCAGGCAACCACUGGCCAUCAGCUGCACAGCAUGGCUGUGGCAACGCAGACACCGACAUCCGGCACGCCGAGCCACCUGUGGGCUUUCCUGGACCACAUGAUCUCGCGCCACAACCCUCCGAGUCGGCACCAGGAAACCACGGCUGCGGCGACGAGGCUCGCAGUGCACAAUCUCGUUGGGCAGGUCCUGCGGGGCGUCAAGCCAAGGACGCCCAUGCAGGCGGCCCCGUACGCGACCUGCGACGACCCCGUGAUCCGCCAUGGGCGCCAGGUGCAGGAGAUGCGAGGACUACGACGAAGGGAACUUGUGGAAUUCCACCGCAUCUACGACGACAAGGGCACCAGUGCCAAUCUUCUUGUCAUGGAGAAGAUGCUGACCCAGGUGAAGAAAGAAGCUCGCCUGGUGCACUACUGCCUGACGCCACUGCUUUUCAGCCCAACGUGGCGGCUCAAGGUUGCCCAAGUGCGCGACCACACCCUCGAGGCUGCCAUUGCAUCUGGCCUGCCGUCCGACUGCCCCGUUGCACAUGAUCAACCACCUGCCGGCCAGCGCACACGACACAGCUCCGGCGGGAGCCAGAAGAGCAUUGGUGGAGAUGCAUCCAAUGCCGCGGCCUCGCGGCGGAUGCGCCGUGCGAGUGGGGUGCCCUCCGUCACCUCGGGGGGAAGCGGCGGAGGCGGCGGUGGGCAGCCGUCAUCACCCAAGCAGCACCGACGGUCCACCAAUGAGGAGACGUGGCACAUGACGGUGUGCAGCCAUUACAUCCAGGAAUACAUCCAGUACCUACAGAACCUAGGAUUCAUGGCCAUCCAGACCAAGCACACCGCGUCGCGUAAAUCCAGCACAAUGUCGGUGAGGAGGCGCGAGUCGGACGCCAGCAACAAGCGCCAGAACGUGGGGGCCCUGUCUCUCGGCGAGCUACCACGCCACUGCCUCUUCCAGUGGCACCUGGGAGGCCUGUACUUCUUUGAGGUCGGCUUCUGCGACCCCUACGUCUCGUGCAACCUCUUUCUCGUGGAACGACAACGACUCCUGCCGUCUGGCACGCAGCUUUACAUGUCGCAGGUGACAUCCGAGUUCACUGAGGACCUGGACAAGAUCCGAGUGAACAUGCACAUGCACUCGUUCACCUAUGACUACCACCUGCGCACGAUCCACUCGUACAUUUCGGGCCAGCAGCUGCUCUUCAAGCAUGGAUACCACCUGACCAGCUUCUUGGAUGACUUUGUCAAGUACUACCAAAAGUCUCCUAACUACGCCCGCAACCUCAUCUAUGCAGGCUCGGUGGUGAUUCCGAGUGUGAAUGUAGCCCCCAACCAACUGUACAACUACAUCAUUGGCCACAACAAGCUGUAUGGCAUGAAGGUCAUACGCAUGGUUCCUGUGGUUUGUGACAGCAGCAGUGACCUGGACACCGAGUAUGCCUUGGUCGAGAUCUCCAACAAGAAGGUGAGCUACCGCGACGCCAACGAUGUGCAGCAGACGGACAGCUUCUUCGUCGGCAUCCUCACCAUCCACGACACGGCGCCGGCUUUCAUCGAACACAACCUGCUCGCCCUCGGCUUCUACAUCCUGCUGACCAGCCAGCGUGAACUCUUCCCCAAGUUUUCCUCGACCACGGGGCCUCCCGGCAGCAGUGCCUCUGGAAAUGGUGACGGCACCGGCGACGGUUCCGAGGGCUGCUUCCGGCCCGUCCGGACAUUGGGAGGCACGCCUGGCGCGUCGCAGCCCACCAGCGCCGUGCCGUCGAGGAGAAGCUCGUUUGUAGUUUCCUCCGCCCCUGUGGAGCGCAUGCGCACGUUGACCACGCUGCCUCAGCAGUUGGUUCUUUCGCCGGAAGACAUGGCAGGUAGCGGCAGUAACGCAGCAGUGGCACCCACCGGCAUCCCUUCUGUGGCGUCAUCAAGUUCCCUGGGAAGCAGCAACGCUGGUGGCACAAGGUCGAGAAAGACAUCCUUCCGGGGAAUCUGCGAGGAGGAAGUGGCCUACCUUGGCUAUUACAGCUGCCACGAGACACUCAUGCAGAAGGUUAUGUCUGAACAAGCAACGGCUGUGGCUGACCACCUGCGUGAAGUGGUUGCACGGGCUUCGCUUCACUGCCGACGUGACUACCUCUGGAAAUGCCUGAUGUGGCGUCACAAGAACUCUGACGACGCCAGCAGUACAGUUCGAGAGAACACUGCACGACCAUCCAUCAGCUUUGCCGAGCUUACUGAACUGCUGGGCUAUGUGAAGACCGUGCCGCUAGACCAGUUAGACCCACAACUGGGACCUCUGCUGUCCUCCCAUUUUGGCUGGUACCGGGGCCUGCUGCGUGUGCUGGUGCAGCGAUAUGUAGACUGCCACUGCCUCUUCGUCAGCCCCGACAACACCUUGCAGUACCUGGUGGUCAUGUCCCCAAGCUGUGCGGACUCUUUUAUCCUGCUGACGAUCAACACCCAGCUCAGCCGUGCUGAUCUGCGCCUCGUGCACCGGGAGAAUUCCCAGCAAGAGAAGUCGUCUGCCGACAAAUCCUCCUCUGGCCUGUCCACUCUGCAUGCCCUGGUCGAGGAACUCGUCACCACGUGCUGCUUCCACGAAUGGGCGGGCUUGCUCACUUGACAGGACGCCAUGGAGGAAUCGGUCCUCCAGAACGCUUUGUCUCUUCCAAGCCGUCUUAUGUGAUUUUGUCUGUGAGCGAUGACUUGGCGUGUGUGCGCAUCCCAACAGUGCUGUGCACCUUGACAUCCAGGUGCAAAUUCAUCGACCUUCCCCUUGGUUGUGGCUUGCACAAGUGUUCUGCCAUAAAAUCAACAAAUAACUCCGUGAUGAUGACAGGCAGGCAUUGCUAUUUCAGAAAGUGUUGCCAAUGGAUGUCACCAGGCAUGACAGCCUUGCCAGUCAGUCAGGCAAAAUAAUGUUGCGCCAAGCAGCAUUUUCAAGCUCAACUUAUCUUCAAGUGCUGUGGUUUGCAUUAACUGACUGAGUAGCUGUCAGAUGCAAGAAGUCGAGUUUUUACUUUUUUUUUUUCACACCAAGUAAAAUGUGUGUUUUAAUUUAUAAGAGAACAAACUAUGGAGCUCAAGCCAAACCACGAAGAAGCUAGCACAUUUGUGCGUCUGAUUUGUCGCCCAAGAAAGGGUCUGCCUCAUCUUGCCACCGCCAUGUCAAAUGCCAUGCAAUUCCAGCAGUUAAGAGCUCAUGGUGAUUUCACAAUCACCUGCAUGAUGAUUUGUAACUGUCUGCAGCAGCUGGAUCUGUAUGCCGAGUGAUGAUUUGAGCACUGGGUAUUAGCAACAAGAACUUCAGUGACGUGGUGUCAGUACUUGCAAUGUCACUGUUUGAAUCUGGUUGCAUUGGGAAUCGGGAGUGUUUUUCAUGAGAACUAUUUGUAUGUAUUGUUCCAGCCAAUGGAACAUUUAUAGGAGCUUGCUUUUUAUGGUGCUCUCUAGUUAAAGCGUGGUAGAUUAUUGUGUCAGUUUAAUUUGUGUGAUUACCGGCAACAAUGAGGUUACUGUCUAGCAACCACAAGGAACACACUUCCAGCAUAUUUUUGACGUGAAAUCACCUGAGCAGUGGUGAUUUAUAUCCCACUUCGUGAUAAGUGUGCCUUUUACCAAAAGUGUGUACUGUGGGAAAGCUGAAUCUUACCUUACGUGGUGUUUGUGCAGUUAAGUUUGUACUGCAGUGCUCAAUUCCAGGCUGCAAAGAAAUUAAGUCUUUCUUUUUUUUUUUUUUUUUUUGUGGAAGUCUUCAUCCGUGUACUUAUGCUCGUGGAUGUACCACAAUGUUUGCGAGUCAGUCAGCGAAUGCAUGGGAACAAAUUACGGUCUGCAUUACAGUGCAUCCAUUAAGCAGCACAAUAUGGACACUGUGAUGCAGAGCAGCAGCACGUUAAAAUACAUUGAAAGCAAGUUCCUUUAGGUUGUGUCCCUACGAUCUGUCCAGAGCUGCUUUAGUGCCAUAACUUCAUGACAGAAGCUUUCUUGUCUUAUUUUCUGAGGUACUACAACGAAAAAUUGACACAGAUUUUAUUUUUUAUUUCGUGUGUGAUUGAGCAGUUUUGAUCUUGUCAAUCGUGUUACACCAUUUUUGCACCCGCAAUAGCAGAUUCAUCUUUUAGAUUUCGGUGAAACAGGCCGUUUUUUUUUACCCAGUCCACUUACCAAAGCUUUUUCCUAGUAAUUUUUACUCUUGAAUGUGAUAAGAAGUGCCAUGUUCGGAGAGAGGGGAAGAGAAAGAAAGAUGGAGGUCGCAUUGCAUGGAUCGUUUUCUAGAAAGUUUUGUAGAAUCUUGCAGCUUUUGAGUGUGAUAUUGAUGGUUGUUUACUCGUGGAGACAGUCAGACUACUGUACCGCUGUCACUCAAGAAUGAUUAGUCUCGCAUCUUCGUUUCUUUAACUUGCCAUAACGCCCUGCUUUCUUUUCAACUCACGCUUGAAAAUGAAAUUUCUGUGUAUCUGUAGGUGUAUGAGCGCAUGUCAUUGAUGGGAAUAAGUGUCAUGGUGUUCUGCUAUAAGUUCACUGCUCAGUAAGCCUUGCUGGUGGAAUUAUUUUGCCUUGUGUUUAGAUCUUACAUGAAAGAUGUUGCCAAGAUUGCUUGCCACAGGAGGUAAUACGUUUUUUACUAUGCUCAAAGGAGUGCUGUUUUUAGCAAUUGAGGAGUCGCUCACCUAAUUGCACUUUCAAGGCCAGCACGGUAGCAUAGUGGCACCUAGUUCUGUCCUAGUUAUGUGUCAGUGUCCUGUUUGAAGAAGUUUCAUAAGUGUGAAAUGGGAAUAGUUAAUUAAAAGUAUGUUUGGCUAAUUGAGAAUCUUGUGAAAUUCGGAGGGUCUGGCCACACCUACUGAUGCAGAUCUUUACAGCUGACUGCAAGGAAAUUUUGAUGUGCUUUUUCAAUAUAAAUAAAUAAAUUUAUAUAAAAAAAGUUCAAUCAGUACUAGCCUGUGGUCUGUAGCAGCACUGCUAGGGUUUGAGAGUACAGAGAUGGCCGCAGUAGGAUCUCCUCACAUUUUAAAACAAAUCUCUUUAGUUGUCACUAAUGUAUCUGAGCUGCUUUUUAUUCUUCUGUACUCAAGCUUUGGUGACACGUGACCAUGCUUAUGCCACAUAAAUGUACUGUAGUGAAGCGGAAUACCAGGCGCUGCAGCCACAUCGCCAGUCGUCCGGGAGACGCGAGCUCGAGAUUGCCUGAGCUAUUCUGGUUGAGACACGCUGCCUGCUGUUCUCUUGUCCUGUAUUCAUAUUAGAGUACCUAUUUCUUUUUGCAUGUCUUCAGUGUUUCAGAGACUGAAAUAACAGCAACAGUGACAUUCCUGUCUGAUACUCUAGCUUUGCACUGCAUGCUUCGUCUUUCCCAGUGGCUUUUGACACGCAGUUUCGUACAAAUUUUACAGUUCUGUGGUUUUAUUGUCGGUUCACUCGUGUCUUUUCUGACGCACUGCUUUAGUUAGAGAAGGUUUAAUACGAGUGAUCACUUGCUUAGAUCUAUUGCCCUUUGCCGUCUUUGGGAUAUAUCCGGGGCUUUUCCCGCUUGUACAUACUGCUGUUACAAGGUAAACUGAGGAGUAUGAUUAAAUUGUGUAAUUAUGGGAGUGUGGGUACUUUUUCAAGUGUAUUUAGUACUUCCCUAGGCAAGACUGUCUACUGUGAUACUUGGGAAGACAACAUAGACAAGCUGCAAAACGUGACGUCGUUAUAAUGCAUUGUUGUGGCGUGAAAAGUUUUGGUGUAACAAAAGUGAUGGCCAUCUCCAUUGAGUGAUGUGAGCGAGUGAGUUCGUUGACGUAAUCAAAUUAGCGCUAUGGUGACGAACUAUACUAGCAUGACUCUUGCUUGAGGUUACGUGUCGCUUGUUUAUACAAUACAUUUGGAUGUAAAUAGGACAUGUAGUUAGUGAUACUUGCCAUAUGAAGGUCUGAUGUAAAUAAUAGCCCUUUAGAGAGUUUGUUUAUUGAAACAUGAAGCUUCUUGCUCUCGAAUAGCCUUUGAAGAAAAGUGACUAAGGGUGAUUAAGAAUUUGCACUGCCCAUUUAUCCGUAUUUAAAUUUAAGACACAGCUGUGGUAAUUUUGGUUUAAUUUCAAGUUCUCUAGUAUCAGUAUUUACUUUUUUCAUUCAAGGGUACUCUUGACUAAAGGCCAAGUGCAAGUUCCUUUCUUUUCUUUCUUUUUGUUUGUAUUUCGCGACUUAUAAUUGGCCUGCACAGAGCUGUGGCACUUUUAAUUCACUGGCACUAAGAUUUGGUUGAUGCGGUGAAUAAGUAGAAAUCAAAAAAUAAAAAAAAAACAUUGUUAAUGUGCCUGUGAGGUGCACUGUUUUGUUGGAAAACACUAGAUUUUCUACCACGGAGUGUGUGACUUGCCCAUUAAAAAGUGUUUUGCAGAUUGUGUACAUGUGCAGUCGAGAUUCAAUAAAGUCAUCAUUCUGCUGGA